AUGCCUCCACGCGGCUUCACUAAUCCUGCCCCGAAGACCGAGUCGGCGCGGUCCGCCCUCAGCUCCUUCACAUGCACGCUAUGCAAUAAAUCUUAUUCACGACACCCGGAAUAUGAAGCGCAUAUUGGUUCCUACGAUCAUCAGCACCGGAAGCGACUCCAGGACCUGAAACAGUUAUCCCGCGAUCCCAACGCCGCAGAGAAGGCGCGACGCGCAGAGCGCAAAGCAGAUGCCCAGGCCGGGCUAAGAGUGAUUGAUGCGCCUAUAACCAGUACCAACUCCAGUGGGACUGGCGGAGGAGGAUUCAAGAAAGGCGGCUUCAAGAGUUCUUUCGCAGCUGUCAAGGGCGUCGCACCUGUAUUGAAGAAGAAUGUCUUAGGGGACGACGAUGACGACGAGGCCCAAUCGACCCAUAAGGAUCAACCGGGAUCCACUGGCUCCAAGUCGGCACGCGGAGAUGACAUAGAUGCAGAAAGCGAUACCGACGAGGAAUAUGCCCGAGAUGAGCAGGGUGAGGGAUACUACGACCCUCGUCGACCUACUGGUUGCCUUGCUGGAUGUGCUGGGCUUCGGUGA